AGUCCACACGGAUGGUUGACAGAAUUCGGAGACCGAUAGACUCGUAAUAGUAUAUUAGCUACGUUCGUAUGCCAUAUUGCAGUGACCAGAAAGGCAAUAUUUGCAUAGACAUGGCAGUGGUUUCUUCAAGACUAGUCUUCCUGUCUGCCAUAUGCAUUCUCAUUGCUCUCAUUGCUCCAGCCAACAUUGUUCGAUCACAGCAAGUAGAUUAUAACUCUAACUGCUCAGAUAACCAGGGUAACUAUGGUAGUGGCAGUACCUACAAGGAAAACCUUGAUCGCGUCCUCUCCCCCCUCUCCUCCAACAGCAUUGACAUUGACUACGGGUUCUAUAAAUCGUCUUAUGGGGAAAGCCCUGACAAAGUAUAUGCAAUUGGACUUUGCAGAGGAGAUUUGAAGCCUGAUGAAUGCCGUAAGUGCCUCAAUAUCUCUAAAGAUAAUCUCACACUACAGUGUCCCGUUCAGAAGGAAGCAAUAGUAUUUUAUGAAAAGUGCAUGUUGCGCUACUCAAGCCGCAACAUAUUUAGCACCAUGGAUGAUCCUCCUGAAUAUCCUUGGAUGAGCCCGCUCUAUAACGUAUCAGACUAUUUAGACGCUGAGAAGGAUGAGUUCAAUAAGGACCUCCCGAACUUGUUGCAAAACCUAAGUGGUCGAGCUGCAGCAGGUGAUUCUCGCCUUAAGUUUGCGGUAGGAAAUGCAGCAGCCCCAAGAUCCCAAACAAUAUAUGGACUGGUUCAGUGCACACCUGAUUUGUCUGAGCAAGAUUGCAGUCGAUGCUUGAGUGGGGCUAUUGAUAAUUUCUUGGAGCAUAAUGCUGACAGACUAGGUGGGAGAAUUCUUAGACUCAGCUGUAAUUUUAGGUAUGAGAACUCCACCUUCUUUGACCCCACAGCUUAUGCGCUACCAUCACCGCCACCGGGUAAGAAAUCUCGAACUGUGAUCAUUGUAGUUGUGGUGUCCGUUGUUGCUCUCGUGGUGCUAGCCAUCUCCAUUUACAUAGUGUGGAAGCGAAGGCGGAAGAAACCAGGAAACCAAUCGAACUCAACAAGAAGUACUAGGACCUCGUCUCCCAUGGCUCCUGCACCAACCAGUACUCCAUCAUCAUCUAAAUUUCGUUGAGACGUCUUCUUGAGUUUUAGAGGUGUCGACACCCGCAAUAACUUCACUGAUCACCUCUACACUUCCUUGGUGCAAGAAGGAAUUCGCGCCUUUCAAGAUGAAGAGAAGCUUCCAAGAGGGGAGACCAUCUCUGCCGGACUUCUCAACGCGAUCAAAGAAUCAAGGAUUUUCAUUGUAGUUUUCUCCAAAAACUUUGCUUCUUCCUGUUGGUGCCUUGAUGAACUUGUGGAGAUUAUGAGCCAUAGGGAAACCACAGGCCGCACUCUUCUUCCCAUAUUUUAUCACAUAAAACCCUCGGAUGUUCGAAGUCUGACCGGAACUUUCGCAGAAGCAUUUGCUAUGCAUGAAGAGCAGUUUCAUAACAAUAUUGACAAGGUGGAUAAGUGGAAAAAAGCUUUUACUAAAGCUGCAGAUUAUCCAGGCUUGGAUCUCGAAAGCAUUGCAAAUGGGCGUGAAGCAAAAUUCAUAAAGAAGAUUGUUGACGAAGUUUUGCAAAUAUUGAAAGGCUCUUAGACGUCGGCCUGAAUGUUGCCCACAUCCAAUAGGAACAAACUCUCAUGCUGACGAGAAGGAAGUUCUAUUCUACGUUAUAUAUAUGGUUAAUUGUAUCGAUCUGUGCUGAGGGAAACUAUGUUUUUCUUUUUCCCUCCCCAAAGGUUUCAAAAUAUAAAUUUUCCUGUUUGCAACACUAUUUGCUGUAAUUUCAUAAUUAAUUUGUCAAUGCCAUUGAAUUCGAUCUA